ACCAGAGAAUUUGAUCAAUAAAUCAAUGGAUAAAAAUAACCAACCGCGAUGUGCUGUGACCAACCCUGCAGAUUUCAAAAUACUUCCAGGAGGUGGAAAGUUUCAAAAGACUGACCUCACUUACAGAAUUCGUCAAUACACACGUGACUUGCCACGGAAUGUAGUGAACGAUAUUAUAGCAAAAGCUCUCAACACCUGGGCCAGCGUUACUCCUUUGACAUUCACACCAACAACAUCGACGGCAGACAUUGAAAUUAUUUUUAGUAUCGGAGCUCAUGGCGAUGGUUUCCCUUUUGACGGACCCGGUGGUAAUCUGGCCCAUGCUUUUGGCCCUGGAGGAGGUAUUGGAGGUGAUAUUCAUUUUGAUGAUAGUGAAAGGUGGACCACAACCUCUAUGGACUUCAACUUAUUUCUUGUUGCGGUGCAUGAAGCUGGUCAUUCACUGGGACUUGAUCACUCCAAGGACCCUAAUUCUGUGAUGGCCCCUUUCUACAAAUACGUGAAUACUGAAGGGUAUACUUUGCCAAGAGAUGAUGUUAAUGGAAUCCAAUUAUUAUAUGGUCCUCCUGUUGCUGUCACGACAUCACCCACCAAAGUUCCAGAUUCCUCAUCACAGAUGCCUACUGAGCAACCAACCUGUGACCCAAACCUGUAUGCAGAUGCUGCUUUGAACCUACAGAGAAGAAUAACCGUCUUCAAAAACGGGUUCACGAAGAGAUCACAAUCUUCACUCAUAAACCGAAUUGAAGAUAUCUGGCCAGGUGGCCCAUCAAAUGUUGAUGCUGCUUUUGAACUUAGAUUGAGAAACAGGAAAACUUAUCUUUUCCAAGGAUCGCAAUACUGGCGCUUUCAAGGGAACACUUUAGAUUCAGGAUACCCAAAAUCCAUCAGGAGGUUUGGUUUCCCAAGCAGUGUUCAGAAACUUGAUGCUGCCUUGCGUUUACGUCGCAGAACGAUUGUGUUCUUCGUGGGCAAUCAACUCUGGAGUUACAGGCUUGGAGAAGGGAUGGUAGGAGGGUCUCCAAUCCCAAUAAGAACAUUCUUUAGAGCAAAUGAUAAUGUGGAUGCUGCUUUAAACUAUCAAGGAGAAUAUUACCUCCUAAAAGGAUUGACUGCAUACAGGUACUACCGGAAUUUGAAACUCAGGAGCACCUUUGGACUGAGGGGAUGGCUGAACUGUACAUAACUUUGUCUCGUUGAUGCACCACUGUGCGUGGCAGUUUUUUGAAAAAUAUUGCUCAGAGAUUAUUAAAAAUUGUAAUUUUAGAUAUAAGCUAACAUUAAUUAUACAAAGCAGGUCUAAUGAUUAGCUCUUUCGCAAUGCAGUGACUACAUCUUAACAAGAAAUUGAUUUAUUCACUCUUCAAUAAUCAUAUUUUCAAUAAGUGCAUCUUC